UGUUUGUUGCUUUCUAGUCAGGGCUGAUUUCAUUCUGCUUUGCCUGUUCAGUCUUGCGAGUCCCCCGUAGCCUCGCCGUGGGGCGGUGUCAGCCAGAAGUGUGCAGACCCGAGGGAGUGGAGGAGACAGCCUCUGAUCUUCGUUUCUUCCUCCGGGGAGAAGGCGGCACCUGGCCUUGGAGGGCAGCUUCGUUUGAGACCUCAUGAGCAGUAACAACAUGUCAGGGUGGGAGUCUUACUACAAAAAUGAGGGUGAUGAGGAAGAAGAACAAGAAGAGGGCCUUGAAGCAGGUGGAGAUUAUUCAUAUUCAGGAAGAGAUAGUUUGAUUUUCUUGGUUGAUGCUUCCAGGGCCAUGUUUGAAUCUCAGGAUGAAGAUGAGUUGACUCCUUUUGACAUGAGCAUCCAGUGUAUCCGGAGUGUGUACACCAAUAAGAUCAUAAGCAGUAAUCGAGAUCUCUUGGCAGUGGUGUUCUAUGGUACCAAGAAGGACAAAAAUUCAGUGAAUUUCAAAAAUAUUUACGUCUUACAGGAAUUGGAUAAUCCAGGUGUUAAACGAGUGCAGGAGCUUGACAAGUUUAAGGGGCAGGAGGGGAAGAAAUAUUUCCAAGACCAAAUUGGCCAUGGAUCUGAUUACUCCCUAAGUGAAGUGCUGUGGGUCUGUGCCAACCUCUUCAGCGACGUCCAGUUCAAGAUGAGCCAUAAGAGGAUCAUGCUUUUCACCAAUGAAGAUGACCCCCACGGCAAUGACAGCGCCCAAGCCAGCCGGGCCAGGACCAAAGCUGGGGACCUCCGGGACACAGGUAUCUUCCUUGACUUGAUGCACCUAAGGAAACGUGGAGGUUUCGACAUAUCCUUAUUCUACAGAGAUGUUAUCAUAGCAGAGGAUGAGGACAUAGGGAUUCACUUUGAGGAGUCUAGCAAGCUCGAAGACCUGUUGAGGAAGGUUCGCGCCAAGGAGACCAGGAAGCGUGUGCUCUCCAGGUUGAAGCUUAAACUCAACAAAGAUGUGGCGCUCUCUGUUGGCAUUUAUAAUAUGGUCCAGAAGGCUUACAGACCUGCUCCAGUGAGGCUUUAUCGUGAAACCAAUGAACCAGUGAAAACCAAGACCCGGACAUUUAAUGUAAAUACAGGCAGUUUGCUUUUGCCUAGUGACACCAAGAGGUCCCAGACCUAUAGUCAUCGCCAGAUUGUAUUAGAGAAAGAGGAAACGGAAGAGCUUAAGCGUUUUGAUGAACCAGGUUUGAUUCUCAUCGGUUUCAAGCCCUUGAUGAUGCUGAAGAAGCACCAUUACCUGAGGCACUCCCUGUUCGUGUACCCCGAGGAGUCCCUGAUAAAUGGGAGCUCAACCCUGUUCAGUGUUCUGCUCACCAAGUGCCUGGAGAAGGAGGUUAUGGCAGUGUGCAGAUACACACCGCACCGGAACACCCCGCCUUGUUUUGUGGCCUUGGUGCCACAGGAAGAGGAGCUGGAUGACCAGAAAAUUCAGGUGGCUCCCCCAGGCUUCCAGCUCGUCUUCUUGCCCUAUGCUGAUGACAAACGGAAGGUGCCCUUCACUGAAAAAGUCACGGCCAACCCAGAGCAGGUGGACAGGAUGAAGGCUAUUGUUCAGAAGCUCCGCUUCAAGUACAGAAGUGACAGCUUUGAGAACCCAGUCUUGCAGCAGCACUUCAGGAACAUGGAAGCCUUGGCGCUGGAUUUGAUGGAGCCUGAGCAAGCAGUGGACCUGACAUUGCCCAAGACUGAAGUAAUGGAUAAAAGACUGGGCUCCCUUGUGGAUGAGUUUAAGGAACUUGUUUACCCACCAGAUUAUAAUCCUGAGGGAAAAGUAACCAAGCGAAAAAAAGAUGAUGAAAGUUCUGGAAGCAAAAGGCCCAAGGUGGAGUUGUCCGAAGAGGAGCUGAAGGCCCACGUCAGCAAGGGCACGCUGGGCAAACUCACUGUGCCUGCCCUGAAGGAAGCCUGCAGGAUGUACGGGCUGAAGGGCGGGCUGAAGAAGCAGGAGCUGCUCGAUGUCCUCACUGAGCACUUCCAGAAGGCCUGACCAGAGAGCACACAGCCAGCCACCCUUCCACAGUGCAGCCAGGCUGCCCGGUUUUGUUUUUGUCAUGUCAAAACCUUUUGUCUCCUGAUCCAGGAUGAGUCUGCAUGACAGAAGUCAAGGACUUUGUUUAUGAGACUUUCUGUUGCCAUGGAGACAGCCCGCCCUCUCACUUUGCUAUGUCUUACUCUACUGUCUGAAUAAAGAGCCUAUCUUUGUACUAUAUAUUGUUCUAUAGAAUAAAAGAAAAAAGAUGUCUCCUUUGCAUCCAAA